AUGACUCGUUCCUUCUGCUUGCCUGUGAGGCAGGCCAUAAUAGGAUUACACAUCCUCUGCUUGCGCCAGGGUAGAGCACACAACGGGAAGCAUUGGCCCUUAAGGUUCACCUAUUCAGCCACUCUUUGGGUCUAUUUCUUCAUCUCGUCCGAAUUCAUCAAACUUGUAUCGCUCUGCUGCCAGGCCAGCGGUCGUGCUGCCUUUUUAAUCGAUUGCAUAUUGCCAACUCGUUCGUUCUACCUUCCUUUGCCCAAUUGUUACGCAAUGUUCUGGGCCAGUGAUUGGUUGCCUCCAUUAAGCCGGGCUCCUUCUAUCAUAGCCUUAAUAUACGCCGAAAAGAAUGCAGCCCACAAAGGGAUACGAAUUUCACUCCAGCUAAGCCUCAAGUCAGAGUCUAGCCUGGAUUCUGACCUGGGCUCAGACGCUGAUUGCUGUUGUUGCUGUCCUUGCUGUUGUUGA